AGGUCAACCAAACCCUAACACCUGGUCCACUCAACUUUCUCACUUCAUAGUGACAGGAGAGAGAGCAGAGACUUAUCACUAUUCAACGAGUGAACACCUCACUUCAGUGUUCUCCAUAAGUGUACACAAUACACUUCCCCUGGUAGAGAAUACAUGAUAUAUUCUCAACAAAACUAAAUACCUCUGUUUAUAGUAUGUUUUCUACAAUGAAAAAAAGAACAGAAAAGUGUCUACAUCAAUCCUGCCAUUUAAGAGUUCCAGUACUAAUUUAAAGCAAUUAAUGUAAUACCAAAAGAGCUAUUACAAGGUCACUCUCACAUAAUUUCUACCAUGUUGACAUCAACAGCUGCGACAGGUGUCUUGGUGUAUGACGAUGGUGGUGGUGAGCGACGACCCAGCCUUCCUCGCCGCCUUCGCCGAGUGGUCCCUCAAGGGCCGCCUCCUGGUGUGGUCGACGAGGCUCCUCGUCGUCACACACCUGCCCCUCUCGGAGGUGCGAAACCUCCUGACCUCCCAUUGGAUUUUCUCUAUGAUGAACACCACGUUGGUUAUCUUGGAACAGAUGUUAAGGCAACCCAGUUUCAGUGUGUAUGUCAACCUCCCGUACACAAUGUUUGGGGCCAGAAUAGUGAGAACGGCAUUCUGGACGACGAAUCGUGGCCUGGUACUGAUAAACAAAUUCCACCUUUUCCCUGAUAAAUU